AUGGCAUACUCUACUACCGCCACUGAUCCUCCUGCCUGGUCUACUGUGCCUCUUUGGGGCACCAUCCUCGAAUAUGUGGUGGAUGAUCCACUAACAUUGCUGGCCUGUAUGAUGGUGAACAAAAACCUGCGAAAGGAAGCUGGAAAAUUGAUGAAUCAACGUGACGAACAACCCAUGUCAAUAGUGAACGGCGGCAAGUGCCUGAAUCCUUUGGCUUUGGCCCAGAAAUCGAGCUUUCUUCAGUUUCUCAGUAAUCCCAAAUCUUUUUGCAUGGCCUGGAAAAAGGGAAAACGUAACAAGAGCAAUACUGCAGGACCAUGUCGGUCCAAAAAGAUUCAUGAAAUGCGGGAUCUUCUAGCCAAGACGUUUGUCAUUCUAAACGUGCAGCGACCCGCUUAUGGAGAGGAAGAAUCCCAAAUUGCCAUACUGGAUGGAGGAGGUAGGCUAGUGGCAGUCUACAAGAUUUCCACUCGGCAAGACUACCAACCCUCUCGCAAGCGCCCAAGAGGCGCCGAGGAUCCACAUCCUUGCCACCAGCCCUGCAUUUUCAAGAUGGUGACAUCGGCUGCAUUGUUUGGUACAAACCAUUCGGAUGGUGUAGGUGACCUGGCUGCUUUAGACUCUCCCAAUCCGUGGCUCUUCUCAAUGGUUACACUGAAUGAGUAUUUCCCAGAGACAAAUGUUGCGGAUUUCGCAGAUGCCGAAGUGGCAUGGCCCAAUUACAAGCUCUUUCGACUCUUUCAGGGCCGCCUGUCUCCCACGGAAAUUGCAGCCGUCCUUAUGCAUGCUGCAACUUCCAAUCCACAAGCCAUUUAUGAUUAUGUCGAUGCCGUUCAUACGAAAUUGGAUGCCAACUUUCUUCCGGAAGGCAUGGUUGUUUUGAGUUUGGUGGAAUUGCUUCAAGAUGUCUUGGACGACCAAGAUCAAGUCCAACAGCACAUGGCUACCUACUCGAACUGGGGGCGUGAGCUAGAAGCAAUUAGCUAUAAUUUGUAG